AUGGUGGCCGAAGCAAACAAGCAACUAAAAAUUCGCUACGAUGCGUACCUCGACCGACUACUGCUGAACGCGACUUGCCCAGAGGAUGACGAGGACGAUGACGUGAGUUCCCCCGUUGUGGUUUGUGAGUCGAUUUCGAAAGAUGCUUUCCGAAAGUGGGAAGAAAAACACGGAGGCGACCUAGGACGUUGGGAGUACGUUCCGUUGGAUGCCAAUUGUGGUCGCAUUGAAAUUGACAGUUUGACGACUGCUGUACACGCAGAAGCAGGAGGGUGUCUGUACUGGACGAUUCUGCGUCAAUUGCUAGAUAUCGGAGGUGUUGAUAUGGGCGACACAUUGAAAGAUCGGCCAUCCCAAACACAUGACGUGGGGGAUAGGCUUCAACGCGCAGAUCGAACGAUGAGCGGCAGGCAGUCGGCCAACACGUUUCCGAAUGUCAUCAUUGAAAUUUGCUACUUGAAUGGCUCGUGGAAUACACUCGUGGCAAAAUUGCAUCGUUGGAUCAGCCCAGAAACGACUGUUCAAGUUGCCAUUGGAGUCCAAGCGUGCAAGGUGCGCCGCCGUAUCAUUGUGAUUAUUCGAGGAGAUCCUCUGAUUGAGCAAGUAGUCGACUUUGAUGUCAAGUCACAUGCGGUUAUUCCACCAGCAACCUUUCCCUCGUUUCCCCUGCAUUUGAUUUAUCACAACGGCCCACUCCCAGCAGAAUUGGCUGGACACGCCAAUGACGAAAUCGUGCUCGAUUUGCUUACACUGCGGGUGCGAAUUGCCGAAGCGCUGGCCGAAAUGCUGGCUGCUGCUGCAGCAUUACCUGCCGCCCAGUAA